AUGAGUGAUGGUGAUGUGUCGCCGCGAGUGCGGGAGAAGUUCCCCGUACUGGUGUUCAUCCACGGCGAGUCGUACGAAUGGAACUCGGGCAACCCGUACGACGGCACCACGCUCGCCAGCUUCGGCCGCAUCAUCGUCAUCACGCUCAACUUCCGGCUCGGCAUCCUCGGUUUCCUGCGCCCGGAGUUCGGUCCGGACUCAGCUAGCAACCUGGGGCUGUUGGACCAGAUAGCGGCGCUGCAGUGGAUCAAGGACAACAUCGCCGCCUUCGACGGCGACCCCACCAACGUAACGCUCAUGGGCCACGACACGGGCGCCGCCUGCGUCAACCUGCUGCUCGUCUCGCCCAUCACGGAGCAAGCAGAUGGUGGAUGGCUGUUCCAGCGCGCCAUCCUGAUGAGUGGGUCAGCGCUGUCCGACUGGGCGCUGACGGCGAACCCGCGGCCGGUGACGAUCCAGGUGGCGGACGCGCUCAACUGCCCCACGCAGAACGAGCUGCUGGCCUGCCUGCGCCGCCAGAGCCUCGAGGACCUGAUGGCCGUCCAGGUGAAGGCGGCGCCCUUCGUCUCGCCCUUCGCGCCCGUCGUCGACGGCACCUCCGUCCCCAACGACCCCGAGCAGAUCAUGGGCGUCUACCAUAGCCUCUUCAGCAGGUACGACCUGAUGUACGGCGUGACGCAGAUCGAGAGCUACCAGCUGUUCGGCAAAGAGGCGCUGGUGUACGGCAUCCUGGAAAAGGUGUGCCUUGAAACGCUGAAAGAUUACAUGCAGGCGAGGUUUCAGAUCCGGACGGAGCUGGCGGUGGGCGAGGCACAGGCGCUGUACAGCCGCGGCGACUGGGACGCGCCGCUGGACGCCGAGGACCACCGCGACGCGCUGCUGCACAUGCUGACCGACGCCCGCGUCGUGGCGCCCGUCGUGCGCACCGGCGACUACCACUCCAGGGUCAACGACCGCUCCUACUUCUACGUCUUCACCCACCGCACCGUCUACGGCGACUACUCCAACUCCAAGCCGCAAGGCAGCAUAAGCGGCGAGGAGCUGGCGUACGUGUUCGGUGCGCCCGUGGAGGGGAGCCGCCACCAGCACCCGCACAUCUUCACGCCUUCCGAGAGGAUCCUCUCCGAGAACGUCAUGACGCUGUGGACCAACUUCGCCAAGACUGGGAAUCCAAACGAGCCACACCCUGUGACGAGCAACGAACCUGUAGUGUGGCCCAAGUACGACCGUGAAGGUCAAAGGUUUCUUCAGAUAGACGAUCGGCUGUCGGUGGGCAAGCAGUACCGGCGGCGCUACACGGACUUCUGGAACCGCGUGCUGCCCGAGAAGCUGAACAAGUCGUCGCGCGAGAGCUUCCCCAACACGAUGUCGCCGCACGGGCCGGCGCGCGCGCCGCACCCCGACGUGCAGGUGUCCCCGGCGUGGAGCCCGCCGCCCGCCUACCCGCCGCUGCGCCACCGCCCGCUGCCACCCCCGCCGCCUCCACUGCCCGUGCCGCCGCAGCGCACGCGGCCCUUCGACCCGCACUACAACUUCGAAAAGCCCUUCGGCGCCUCCUCCGGCAACAGAUGGGCGACGCCGCAGCCGUCUGGGGGCGGCGUGCCGUACGGCGAGCGUUCCAUCAACGACCGGCCGGACCACAGGGGCGCCAACGUCAGCGCCGCCGACAAGCCGCACGCCGCAGGCGACGGAGGCGGCAGCGGCGACGAGUUCGGCGGCGAGGUGGAGGGGACGGCUUCGCCGGGCGCGCUCGCCGGCUCCUCGUCCGUGGCGCUCACGGUCGUCAUCCUGAUCGGCGUCUGCUUCCUGCUGGUCAACAUGUGCGCGUUCGCGGCGCUCUACUACCAGCGCGACAAACUGCGCGUCCAGCAGCAGCUGAUGCGCCAGCGCUACGAGGACGUCACGGCGCUCGCCACCUCCGACGAGGACGACGCCGGCGAGCGCUACGUCCACAAGAAGGCCGACGCAGCCAGGCCCGCCACCUCCGCCGCAGCUGCCGCCGUCGCCGCGCGCGUCGCCACCGUCGACCGUCGACUCCGCAGGAAGAAGGAGCUCAUUGGCGCGGACGACGACUAUGAAGCCAUCCGCAGCGCCGGCCGCACGGUGGAAGGAGCAGUGGCCGUCGCGUCGCCAGAGGCCGCGCUGCCCGCGGAGGACCUGCCACUGGCGGGGGCGGCCGGCGCGGGGGCGGUGGCGCGGCGCAGCGCCUGGGGGGCGGCGCGCCAGUACAGCGGCAGCACCAUGGACCCGCACACCAAGGUGCGCGAGUGGAUCGCGCAGGAGAUCGUCCAGCGCUACUCGCCGCGCUUCCUCCGGCGCGCCAAGAAGACCGAAUCGCACGCGCCGGUGCUGCAGUCGUCGCAGAGCAUCCAGACGUCCUUCGACCAGGUGUCAACGUCCACGGCGACGCCCAGGCAGCUCAAGCGGCAGCACGCCAUAGAGACGGCAGAGGUGGCUGUCUCAGCUACACCUGCCGACGUGUCCGGGCACGGUUCCCACAGGUCCAGGCCGAAGAAAGUUUCCGUCGCCAUUGAUGCCACUCCGUCUGGAAGAGGCUCGAGCGUAGAGCACUCUAUGAGCAAAUCGAUGGACGAGCUCGGGACCUGCGUCUCUACGUCCAUGUUAACCCUAAAGAAACCCGCCCUCAAGCGGUCGCUGACCAUGGCGGAGGACCUAGCUGUUGCGUCCACUUCUAUUUCGCCGAGAAGCUCGUCUUCUGGCGAGCUGUUGAGCAGGAGCACUGCCAACAUCAGCCUGAAGUACACUCUUCCCAAUCAGCAGGCCCAAAAUCUCAAUGUCGUCAGAGUGGCACACGCUCAUUCCAGAUCAGAUCCAGCGGCCAGUUCUAACCCACAUGUGCCGUCACAACUGUCGGGCUCUAUGAAGAGUGGACACUCUCAGCCAGCAGAACUUCAUGCUGUAAAUAUCUCCUUAGAUCCUCACACAUCGCCAUCGGUGAUCUACGUCCCUGGUGGAAAGAAGCAGCAAUUGCAGACGUUCCCAGCAGGAAUUCAGCUUAGGUCUAAGGCUCUGCCAAAGAAAGAUGUUGCAAUUACUGCAGCGCCCAUUCCUGUGGACGUCAAUGUGACGUCCAGAGACAGCAAUGAAGAAGAAACAGCCCAUGUGGGUGAUCCUCUGUCAAAUAUUCAGAAGAGAAAAUUUCCUAAAGUGCUGCCAGACUUCCCACAAGACGCUCCUGCCAACGAGGUCGAGACGAUGGCAGCCCAGGCGGCUAACUUCAAGAGGAGGUCGCUUCCACCCAAUUCCCUCUUCAUGGCGUUGCCAGUCUCAGAAGUACCUGGUUCUCAGUCAUCUUCUGUUGCCUCAUCAGCAGCUCCUUUCAAAGACAUUCCAGGAAAGUCGAGUCUCACCAAGGUGCCGCCACCUCCACCGCCAAGGAUAUCCUCGACUCUGGGCCGAAAGCCCGCCAACACGGCUCCCAUCACACCACUUCCCACCAUUCCAGCUGGAGCUGUACCGGUUCACACCACUACAGCUUCUGCACCGUCCCAUUACCAAAGGAUCGAGCCGAGGGUCAUCAUCAAGCCGACCAUCACCAGUCCGCAGACGAAGAAGGCUCAGGCAGCCCGCGGUCUGCAGAGUAUACCCCGCGUGACACCUAGCGAUCCAGUGACGCAUCCGGCACCCGGACCGCCGUCGCCGCGCUCGCCGGUGCAGGUGGAUAAACCUCAGCUUAGGGCGGCUGAUCCGUAUGCGCUUCCUGUGGCCAGGCAGCUUCCGACAGUUGCCACUGUCCACCAAGCUCCGAGUAGUCAUCAACAGCCUCUACAGAGCCUUCCAGUUGUUCAAGAGGAGGUUAAUCACCCGCAGCAGCAGUCGGCUGUAGCUUUCGUCGCGCCCCAGCAGAAAGCCCAAGCGAAGCAGACAGCGGCGGGAAAACAGGCACCGUCCUCUCCGGGCAAAAAGCGCCUGCAGCCCGUUCUCAAAGUUGUUGCGGAGACGUCGACGGACCCGUUCGAGGACACCGACUCCAGUACCGGCACGGUAAAACGCGUGAAGCGUCCCGCAGCGAAAGCCGCCCAAGGACAGACUCAGACGCAGCGAAAACCAGCGACCGAGGCAGCGCAGCACGCGAGUCCGAAAUCGACGAAGAAGGCUGCGCAACAGGCGAAGCAGCUGACCGCUGCGCAGCAGACGACGCAGCCGGCGGCACAGCAGGUGUCGCCGCAAACCAGACCGGCGGCGGCUACGGCCAGCGCCACGACGAGCACCUCGGAACUUAGUUCGCCCUUAACCGAGGGCCGUGCUCACCCGCCGAAGAAGUGGUACAAGCAGUACCAGCACUCUUUCGUUUCCAAAUCGGAGGACGACCAGAAGACAUAAUAUUCGCGCGAGCAGUAUUCGUAUUUCCAGAGAGCUUAUUAUGCUUUUGUACAAAACAAAAACUUUUUUGCUUAAUUUUUCUUUUGUAAUUUCACUUUUUUUUUUCAACGUCUCUGCGCUCCUACUUUGAGAGGCGCUGUUUCAGAGGCGUAUCGAGACACUUGGGCACGUCCUGUAUUCCGUCUGUUGUACAAAACUCGAAGUAUUAUUAUUACUACCUGUCCGUAUUGCUGAGAAGUUUAUUACAAGUUCCUUCCGCUGUAGACACUAACGUUGGUGAUGCUGCUUUUUUUUGUAUAUUGUUGUCAUUUGCGCAUCGGAGCUGAAGCAUGCGGCAGACAGAAACUGUCUCCCCACCUUUCCUUUACGCGCUGUUAACAGUAGAAUAGUAGUAACGUCUGACCACAUUAAGCACGUGUAAUCAUCUCCUCAAUUUUUCCAUAAGAUGUUGAAACAGCACAUUUAACUCUCGCAUGUAAGAGAAAGAACGCGAAUAAAAUAAUACUUUAAAUGUUAAGAGUAAAUACAGUUUAACACUUUUGUAUCGCCCUGUGUUUACCAUGAACGCAAAACAUUUACUACGCUGUGACCUUAGCAGAACUGAAUAUUGAUGCUUUCACUGAAAUAAAAUGUUUGUCACCCGUAACAUACCGCCCAAAUUUUGGUAUACGUUAAAGUCUACACCAAUUAUUAUGCAAUACAGGUUGUAACUAAAACUCCUACAGAGUUUGAGGUCAGGUUCCUUACACCAAAAGAAGAAAAGAUAUCUAGUACCAUAAUCUAAAAUAUCUAGUACCACGAGAGCUCUGAGCACUUGUUCGUCUUUGAUACUGUGAAACAACUCUUCUGCCGAGAGCUCUUUGCUUUCCAUGUUAUGGGAGGGACCAAUAUGAGAAAAUAACUGUACAAAUAUGGCCUGCAAAAUGCGUACCUCAGGAGAUACGCGCACUUGACAUAAAAGUUUUCUUAGUACCGUACCGCGUCAUAAUGCAAAAAAAAAAAGAAAGAAAAAGGAAAAAACUAUGCUGGAGAAACCAAUGUUUCAGUCACUGCUACAUUUACCUUCUUCCGAGUCUACUGAUGUUUUUUAUCUGUGUGGAAUCUCUUAUAUUUAGCCAUUGUUGUUGACUGAGCAUAACGUUACGUCAUAAUUUUGAAAGGUCGUUGUUGUGAUUGGUCACUUGAGGCGGACGGAGCGGAAACUUCAUUUAAAUAGGUUGCUACGGUGCUGGAAGUGGGAAUCUGCUGUUGUCUAUCGCUUCUUGCAUUGUUUGCUACGAUUGGUGCUCAUCCCUAAACGAGGUGUGCGCUGCUGUUUUCCACCUGCUGGAUACAGGCCGCCUGGCUGCGGCCACUCGCCUGUACAGCUCGCGUCACUUGUUGAUGGUGCCGUCUGUUCGAAUCUGAGGAUUGGCAGCCAGGAUGGGGCAAGCCUGUAUCCAGCCUCUCUGUUCUUCUUCUUAUGAGGUUUUAUUAUUUCUGUGGCUUCUCUGAUGUUGCGUUUCGAAAAGAUCUACUGCCUAGCCAGUAUGCGGGUUUCUUGCCGCAGUUUAUGGUUUAUGGUAUUUGGCCACUGCAGACAUGCUGUGCUGUCCCAGACGAAUGUAGUGCUCAUGUUUCCGUACGCGCGUUGCCAUGGCCUGCCAGUGUCACCGAUGUGUGCUUCUCCACACUGAACUUCUAUACACCGACAUUCCACCUAGUACGCACCUGCAGUGUGUAAAGUUUCUGUCUUGUACUUCGUGGAGCCUAGCAUAUUCUGGACCUUAGAAUUGCUGUUGUAGACAGGCCGGACGCCAACCCCUAGAACAAUUUUACCAAUACAGUCAGUGACAUUUUUCACGUAAGGUAAGCACGCUGCUGGCUGCAGUUUGUCGGUUUCUUACCUAUCUCACUUUCUUUUGUUUGUUGCCAUGGCUAUUUGGAUGGAUUUAUGGUUGUAGCCACUGACCACGAACGUUGUACACUGAUUUUUAAGCUCUUGUGUUAGGUUUCGAGCACCGCUUAGGCGCUGCGCAUGGACGGCCAACGGGGGGAUACCUGAGUUGUUCUGCAUUGGAUGGUGGUUUGAUUGGGUGUGCUAAUACCUGUCCAUAAGUGUAGGCCUCCUGUAUACUCUGUGUCCCACUGUGACGCCCGUUGCAGAAAAGUUCGUUUCUCUAGAAGAGCUCUUUUACGUUAUGACGUGGUACGAUACUCGACAAACUUUUUAUUUCAACUGAUUCUGACCGAGGAAUCCUACGCAAUUACACCUAAGAGCACUUGUUCAGUUGCAGAGAUAUGUUUCACUGCAUCAGGAACAGGAAGUGCUCAUGAUAGCUCUUAAAGUGAACUUUCAGACCCCAUGUUUAUUAGACUUCUUUUUCUUGGUUUGGUCCAUGGUACCAUCUUCCCAAAAUGUGAGAAGCAAAGAGCUUGCAGUAGAAGAGGUGUGUGUCAAUGCAUAGAAGAUGAACAAGUGAACGUAAGUCUAGAGGUAUGCAUUUUAGAACCCAAGAUUACUAGACUUUUUUCCUUAAUUUGGUGUAAGAAACCUGUCCUCAAAGUAUGUAAAGGGAAUUUAUUUACACCCUGCAUUUUGGAGUGAAAUACGUUUUCACAACGCUAAGCAGCAGUUCUGAUGCAAUAUAAAUGGGAACUUAAUAUGUCUCGUAGUAUUAUCCUGAAGAAGUGUUAAAAACUGAUUCAUUCAUCGGGAUAAAUGUACAUUUGUUUGCUUGCGUUCAGAUAUGCAACGGGUUUCGUUCUGAAGGGGAUCAGGCAUCAUAAACAUACAUCAUAUUCUCAAUGGUUUCAUAAUUCCUGUUGCUGGAGUCUUGGAGCUGUAGAGAAGACUUAGUAGAUAAAGUUUUGGCAAGGGAAUAAUAACCGGAAUUGUACCUUUUGGAUAUGAAAGUAGUUUGUAGAUAAAAUCUCUUUACAAUCUUCUGGUUCCCAGCACGCACACAGUGGAGACAAUGAUCUCUCAGCCGCAUACUCUGCAGGAAACCAUGGCGUAGACAGUGUUUCGAGUACCAGUGGCAUGGUUCUCGUCUUCAUCACGAAGCACGUCCUCUUUCAAGUGGAGUGUGUGGCGUACCAGUUUCUCGCAGGCGUUGUUGUAGUCGGACGAAAGUAGUGUAGUUACAAGAGGCACUGAAGACGGAAUCCUCUUCUCAGAUUAUGUGCAUACCGUGAAACGGGACAUUUGAAAGAGUUUCGAUUCUCAAACUCGCUUUAGACCUAAACGGUACAUUUCCGAACGUGGCUCCCUUGCCAAAAUUCUAUCUACUAAGGCCCCUCCACAACACCUAGAAGUCUGAAACAGGAGUUAUCAAACAAGUGAGGCAGAAUCCCCACAAACAUUAAUCUAAUAUAGAAGAUCAAGGAGCUGCCAUAGGCAAUGGUCGAGAGUUACAAAAAAAAAAUAUCUCCGAAUCCACUGAAAGGAUAGGAAAAUAACGUCCAGUUUCGUUUACCAUUGCCCUUUUCUACACUAUUUUCGCUGCCAUUAACUGUUGACAAUAAAAUUAGAUACGCCACAGUCUACGAUCCAUUGGUGUCUGCUUGCAAUACGACAUAGUCACGCUCGGCCUAAACCUGCCUAAAGAUAAAUUUCUGUGUAUAAUUGCUGCUCAUAUUUACUGGAGUCGCUGUGCAACGCAAGCUGUAUUAUCGAAAUAUCAGUUUCAUUUGGAAGUGAAACGUAAUUUGUAAAGAAAUUAACUCUUAAAUAACUACCUCAUUUUCCAGAAACUAUUUUCUAGUUUUGUAAUCGUAUGAAAGUUAAUUAUUUGUAGAUACGUUUAUUCAAAUGUGAAAACUGAAAUUGUAAUCUCUACA